AUGUCCUUCAAAAGCAUCAUGCGUGAGUUGAAGGAGAUGAAAGAUGGGAUUGGAAGCAUAUCAGGGCGAGGAGUUGAAGGGAAACAUUGGCGUGGCAGGGCAAGGUCACAUAUUGCACCAGAUGAAACACCAGCAGAAACUGAUCAGAUUGAACAGAGCCAGUGGGCAAAUCUGCCGCCAGAAUUGCUUUUGGAUAUCAUUAGGAGGGUAGAAGAGAGUGAGACCUCAUGGCCUGCUCGUGCAGUUGUUGUUCAUUGUGCUUCAGUCUGUAGGUCAUGGAGAGAAAUUACAAAGGAGAUUGUAAAAACUCCUGAGCAAUGUGGGCGGCUGACGUUUCCCAUAUCAUUGAAACAGCCGGGUCCUCGUGAGUCACCCAUACAGUGCUUUAUUAAGAGGGAUGCUGCAACUUCUACAUAUCUGUUGUACUAUGGUCUGGUGCCUUCUGAGGCCGAGAAUGAUAAGUUGCUCUUAGCGGCCAGAAAGAUUAGAAGGGCAACAUGCACAGACUUCAUAGUAUCUUUGGUUUCGGAUGAUUUUUCUCGGGCCAGCAACACAUAUGUUGGUAAAUUGAGGUCCAACUUUUUGGGAACCAAGUUCACUAUGUAUGAUAGUGAACCUACAUUUGAAGUGCCAACACAACUGGCUAGCCGAACGAGUCGCAGAUUCCAUUCCAGGCAGGUCUCUCCAAGAUUACCUGCGUGUAACUACUGUAUAGCCACUAUCACCUAUGAGCUCAAUGUUCUCCGCACAAGAGGGGGUACUGUACCGACACUAACAUCAUUACUGGAGACAUUGGAUGGCCAGUUUCCUCACCCGUCAAGUUCCAAAGGGAAGGAAUCAGUCUCAGAUAUAAGUUCCGCAAGCCUCUCUCAAUCACCAGUAUUAGCCAAAGGUUCAGAAGAGCCCCUUGUUCUUAAAAACAAGGCCCCUAGGUGGCAUGAACAGCUACAGUGCUGGUGCCUAAAUUUCAGAGGGCGUGUAACUGUUGCUUCUGUUAAGAACUUCCAACUUGUCGCUGCUGUUGAACCAUCCCACAAUGUGCCUGCUGCAGAUCAAGAAAAGGUAAUUUUACAAUUUGGAAAAAUUGGAAAAGACAUCUUCACAAUGGAUUAUCGCUACCCACUUUCAGCCUUCCAAGCCUUUGCAGUCUGCCUGAGCAGCUUUGAUACCAAACCAGCUUGUGAAUGA